UGGUUUGCCACCCCCAUGGGGGGGGUACUGAUGCUGACCGAUGUUGCCCCCCCUGCAGGCUGGUUCCGGCAGUGCGGCCUCAUCUCCUACAGUGGGGACGUGGACAUCGGCGUCUUCAUCGAGGACUUCAGGACGGACAUGGUCUCAGCGCUGACGGACGCCGGCCUGAAGCUCAAACACAAGUUCGGGAAGGUGGAGGACAGUCUGGAGCUGUCUUUCCUGGGUGAAGACGUCAAACUGGACAUUUUCUUUUUCUAUGGAGACGGAGACGUGGUCUGGAACGGAGGGACGCAGGUGAAGAGCGGCCGCAAGUUCAAGUACGUCUUCCCGCGCUUCUCGCUGUGCUGGGCGGAGCUUCUGGAGCUGAAGGUUCGAGUCCCGUGCCAGACGCUGGAUUACGUGAAGGCGAACUACGGCGCCACCUGGAACGUUCCCAUCAGAACCUGGGACUGGAAGUCCUCGCCCAGCAACGUGAAGGAGAACGGGGUGUGGCCUCCAGCGGAGUGGGCGGAGCUUAUCCAGGUGUAUUAAAACUGAGUGUGAAGUUUGGAAUAAACGAGGAAACGGG